AUGCCGCCCGUCUGCGCGGGCGACGGCCCGGUGGCCGUCACCGGCGCUGGGGGCUUCCUAGGCACGGCGCUCGUGUGCAACCUGUUGGAGCACGGCUACUAUGUGCGGGCGUGCGUGCGCGACGCCGCGGACGCGGAGCGAGUGCGGCACCUCCACGAGCUCGCCGCCGAGCCCGCGUGCGCUGGGGGCCGCCUAGUGCUCUGCGGCUGCGACCUGCUGGCCACUUCUCGCGCGCAGCCGAACGAUGCCGCAUUCCGCGGCUGCUGCGCGGUCUUCCACGCGGCCGCUGUGCUGGAGCGCGACGGCAAGGGCGGGCUGGCGGGUUCCAGCGGGGCGUCGGCGAGGAGCGUCUACGACGGAGGUGUGGAGGGCACCAGGCACAUGCUCGCCUCCGUGAAGCGUAGCGGGAGCGUCAAGCGGGUCGUGUUCACCAGCUCCAUCGCCGCAAUCCUGCACCCGGCCGAGGAGGGCUACCAGUUCUCGGAGAAGGACUGGGCGAGCGACGGCGCUCAGCCAGGAAGGUGGAGCAUCGAGGCGGCGCCCUACGCGAAGUCGAAGGUCGACGCCGAGCGGCUCGCCGUGAGGGUCGCGGCCGACGACGAGUCCUUUGACGUCGUCUCGCAUUGCCCCUCGCAGGUGCUCGGGCCACUUCGGUGCAGGCGCCACCACGAGGCCUGGCAGUUCCGCAUCGGGCAGAUGAUAGAGGGCACGCCGCAGCCGCGCUCCUUCUGGAAUAUCGUCGACUGCCGCGACGUCGCGGAGGCUCAGCGGCUCAGCGCGGAAAGCGCGGUGGCGAGGAACGGCUCCCGCUACGUACUGGCGAGCACCGACGGCAAGGGGGCGCUCCACGUGCACCAGAUCCAGGCGAAGCUGCGGAGGCUUUUCCCAGGAGUCGACGUGGCUGGCGAGGUCCCGCAGGGCCGUCGCCGCCGCGCCUGCGCCUGCAGCGGCGCCCUGGCGAAGCGGGAGCUCGGGCUCCGGCCCCGCAGCGUGGAGGACACGCUGAGGGCCACGGUGGACUCGCUCGUCGCCCUGGGCCUGGUGCGGCCGAGGCCGAGGCCGCGCUUCGCGCUAGCUGGGGCGCUGUGGCGUGGUGCGCGCUCGCGCGUUCUGGCUCUCGCACGCGGGCCCGAGGCACCUGUGCGGCCCCCGCCUUGCGUCUUGCUGAAACUGAACCGCUGCCGCGGCGCCAGGGGGCCGAGCGGGGCCGUGCCCUCGGAGUGGCAGCGGACCGUUGACGCCCUGAGGCGGCGGGGCCUGUCGGCCUCGAUCGGGGUCAGCGGCGCCGAUCUGGAGACCGCCUCAGGGCCGUUUGUGGACUGGUGCCGCGAGCUGCACGACUCUGGCACGUUCGAGUUCUGGAACCAGGGCUACGGCGGGGCUGCCGCCGCCGCCAGCGCGACGCCCGAGUUUCAGGGCGACGCUGCCAGCCAGCGAGAGUCGUUCAGCAGGACGCAGCGCCUAGCGAGAGACGUCCUGGGAUUCCCGUUGUGCGCCUUUGGGGCCCCCUCCAACAAGCAGAAUGCAGACACGGCCCGCGUGCUGGCGGAGGACCCAGACUGCCGCGUCUGGCUCUACGGCAGCCGCCAGCUUGCCGCCCUGCACGGCUUCAGCGGCCUGGUGCUCGUGCGGACCGAGUGCAACCUGGAACACCCCACGCAUUGUCCCAACGCCGAGCGCCUCGCCGCCAGCUUCGAGCGGCGUGCCCCGAUGCCCUACCUGUGCCUGCAGGGGCACCCGGCCAGCUGGGACGAGGCAGGGCUGGCUGCCUUCGAGCAGGUGCUGGAUUACCUCGUCCGGCAGGGGUGCCGCUUCGCUACGCCCAGCGCCUUCGCUCUGCAGCAGGGCUGCGCGGACGCAGGCGCUCGCUGCGCCGCUGCCUCUGGGGCGGUGCGUGUGGCGGUGGUGGGCCUGGGCCGGGUCGGCUUCGACUUUCACCUGCGGCACUGCCGUCGCUCUGCCGACUUCCAGGUGGUCGCCGUGGUCGACAGGGAGCCGGGCCGCAGGCAGGAGGCCCGCGCGCUGCUGCCCGGCGUCGCGGCCCACGCGGAGCUGGACGAGCUCUGGUCCCUGCCCGCAGACGAGAAGCCUGAGCUGGUGGUCAUUGCGACGCCCACGCACCUACACGAGCUGCAGGCAGUGCGGAGCCUGGAGCACGGCUGCCAUGUGGUCAUCGAGAAGCCCAUGACCACUUCCCUCGCGGCCUGCGACAGGAUCUUCGCGGCGGCCAGGAGGGCUAGGCGAGAGGUGUUCGUCUACCAGUCCCAGCGCUGGACGGCGGAGUGCCUUACGGCGAGGCGGGUGCUCCAGAGCGGGCUCCUGGGACCGCUUUUCGCCGUGCGCCGCGGCUACAACGAGUACCGCAGGCGGACCGACUGGCAGGCGCUACAGAAGUACGGAGGCGGGAUGCUCUACAACUACGGAUCGCACUUCAUCGACCAGCUUUUGUUUCUUGUCGGUUUCCCGAAGCUGACUGCCAUCGAUUGCAGUCUGUGGUCCAUCGCCACGGCUGGUGACGCAGACGACGUCGUCAAGGUCUGGUGCACCACAGCAGACGGCGUGCUGCUCGACGCUGAGAUCAACACCGCGGCGGUGCUACCCGAUGGCGAGCAGCUGGCGCGGAAAGAGCGCGGUGUUUGGCAGCUCUGCGGCAAGCAUGGCACGGCUGUCCUCGAAGGAGAAUGUUUCCGGGUGCGCUACUUCGACCCCGCCUCUGCGGAGCCAUGCGAGCUGCAGAACGGUCUGGCUGCCACAGGGCGGAACUACUACAACGAGGGCGCCCUGCCGUGGAGGGAGGAGCUCUUCCCGCUGCAGGGCGAGGGCACUGUCGGGGCCAUGUUCUACGAGAACGUCUGGGACGUCGUGAGCAUCACCCGCAGCGGUGAGGCGCGCGAGCUCUCGCUGGCACCCGCGCCGCUCGUGUCGGAGCAGGAGGCUCGCGAGCUGGUGCGAGUCAUCGACGUCUGCCGCUGGAAGGCCGCGGAGAGGUCCGCGUGGUGCCCGGAAGAGCCCUCGAAUUCCGCCGAGGCGCCUGUCGCCGCGGCGCAAGGGCUUCCGCGGCACGCGUGCGCGGCGGCGGCGGGGGCGUCCGCGGAGGCGCGCCAUCGACGGGCGGAGGCGGCCUGUGGCUGCCUUGUCCGGUGGACUGCUGGGGCACGGCAGGGCGUAGGCCGCCAGGGCGGCCAGCACGCGGAGUGGACGCGGCGGGACUGGCAGCGCGCGGCGUCGAGGGUGCUCCUGCACGCCUUCGGCACGCUGGAAGACCCUGCCGGCCCGCUGGUGUGGCCGCGCCAGGCCAGCGUGCUCUACCCGCGCAGCCGCUUCCCGACCACCCAGGAGGCCCGCGCCGAGCGCUUCGAGGGCCUCGCGCGCGUCCUGCUCAUUGCCGCCCCCAUCCUCCUAGAGUCGCCGCUGGAGCUGCCGGGCGGCGGGGGCGAUAUGGCGGACUGGUGUCGACGGCUGCUGGUGGAGGCGUGCGACCCCGCGUCGGCGCGGUACGUUGGUCCAGUGGAGCAAGAGAGGCCCGUGCAGCAACAGGUGGAGGGCGGCAUCUUGGUGCUCGCGCUGUGGCUGGGCAGGCGCUGGCUCUGGGAGCCGCUGCCUCCAGCCGGGAGAGAGAAAGUGCUGGUGCUGCUGGAGGCCCUGGGCACCAGGGAGACGCGGGGCCAUAACUGGCGGUUCUCCGCGGUGCUGUUGUUGUCCUUCCUGACGCAGGAGGGCCGCGAGGUGGACGGCGGCCUCUUGCAAGGUCACCUGCGCCACCUGCUGUGCUGGUCCACGGGGGACGGCUACUACCGCGACGGCCAGCUGUUCGACUACUACGGCGCCUGGGGGUUUCACCUGAAUGCCUUCCUGUGGAUCCGUUUCUUCGGCCUGGAGGCCUACCCGCUCGAGUCCCAGGCGCUCCUGGAGAACGCUGGGCCCUUCCUGGAGAAGUACCCGUGGAUGUUCGCGAGGGACGGGCGGCAGAUCGCGUGGGGCCGCAGCGCUGCCUACCGCUGCGCCGCCCUGGCCCCGCUCGCCGCGGCGGGCUACGUGAUCGGCCAGCUGGGCGGCGAAGCGGCGCGCUGGGGGCACUUCCGCCGGCUCUGCUCCAGCAGCCUGAGAUCGCAUGUUUGGACGACGCGAGCCUCUGGGAGCGCGGGGCCCCCGCGCCCGGCCUGCGCGGCGUCUUCGAGCCAAUGGUGCAGACUACUCAUGCAGCGGCAGUGCCUUUUUCCUGGGCGCAAUAUUCGUGGCCCUCGGGCUCUCUGCCGACCACGCGUUCUGGUCGCACGAGGAGAGCGACGGCCACUGGGACGACAUCCCCGCCGGCGCCCUGGCGACCAGGUGUUUCGAGGGGGCCGGCGUUCUGCUCGUCAACCGGGGCGACGGCAGCUCCGAGCUUUGGCCGGGUAA